GGACGGCCCCCCGCAGUACUCACCCGACUAAAGGGGUGUGGGGGACCGGGUUUACGGCCAGGCGGCGUUUCCAUUCCCCUGCCCAGCCAGUGUCUCAGUCAAGUCUGGUUGAUGAGGCCGUCCCCCGUAUUCCUCCGGUGUCCAGGCCCCUUUGUCGGGGGCGGCUGUUGGCCUGUCCUGCCCCUGAGAUCGCUGUGGUGAAAGCUGCUGGAGAAGCCUAGGCUGAAGAGAGCUGGCGGUCACCAUGGCAAUGCGGGAGCUGGUGGAGGCUGAAUGCGGGGGUGCCAACCCGCUCAUGAAGCUGGCUGGCCACUUCACCCAGGACAAGGCCCUUCGGCAGGAGGGAUUGAGGCCUGGCCCCUGGCCUCCUGGAACCCCAGCCUCUGAGACGGUCUCCAAGCCUUUAGGAGUAGCCUCUGAAGAUGAGUUGGUGGCUGAAUUCCUGCAGGACCAGAAUGCACCACUUGUUUCCCGAGCCCCCCAGACCUUCAAGAUGGAUGACCUCCUGGCAGAGAUGCAGGAGAUUGAACAGUCAAAUUUCCGCCAGGCUCCCCAGAGAGCCCCUGGUGUGGCAGACUUGGCCUUAUCUGAGAACUGGGCUCAGGAGUUUCUUGCAGCAGGAGAUGCUGUGGAUGUAACUCAGGAUUAUAAUGAGACUGACUGGUCCCAAGAAUUUAUCGCUGAAGUUACAGACCCCUUGUCUGUGUCCCCUGCCCGCUGGGCUGAGGAAUAUCUGGAGCAGUCUGAGGAGAAGUUGUGGCUGGGAGAGCCUGAGGGAACGGCCACCACUGAUCGCUGGUAUGAUGAAUAUCAUCCUGAGGAGGAUCUGCAGCACACAGCUAGUGACUUUGUGGCCAAGGUGGAUGACCCCAAAUUGGCUAAUUCUGAGUUCCUGAAAUUCGUGCGGCAGAUUGGCGAGGGGCAGGUGUCCCUGGAGUCCGUUGCAGGGUCGGGCCGAGCUCAGGCAGAACAGUGGGCAGCAGAGUUUAUUCAGCAGCAGGGUACCUCAGAGGCCUGGGUUGAUCAGUUCACAAGACCAGUAAACACAUCUGCACUUGACAUGGAAUUUGAACGAGCUAAGUCGGCUAUAGAGUCUGAUGUCGAUUUCUGGGACAAGUUGCAGGCAGAGUUGGAGGAGAUGGCAAAACGGGAUGCUGAGGCUCACCCCUGGCUCUCUGACUAUGAUGAUCUUACAUCUGCUUCAUAUGAUAAGGGAUACCAAUUUGAGGAGGAGAAUCCCCUGCGUGAUCACCCUCAGCCUUUUGAAGAAGGACUACGGCGGCUUCAGGAGGGGGACCUGCCAAAUGCUGUGCUGCUUUUUGAGGCUGCUGUGCAGCAGGAUCCUAAGCAUAUGGAAGCUUGGCAGUAUCUGGGUACUACUCAGGCAGAGAACGAGCAAGAACUUUUAGCCAUCAGUGCGUUGCGGAGGUGUCUGGAGCUAAAGCCAGAUAACCGGACAGCACUCAUGGCGCUGGCUGUGAGCUUCACCAAUGAGUCCUUGCAGCGACAGGCCUGUGAAACCCUGCGAGACUGGCUGCGCUACACACCGGCCUAUGCCCAUCUGGUGGCACCUGGUGAAGAAGGGACUGGUGGGGCAGGACUGGGCCCCAGCAAGCGUGUCUUGGGAUCUCUGUUGUCUGACUCCCUGUUUCUUGAAGUAAAAGAGCUCUUCUUGGCAGCUGUACGCCUGGACCCUACCUCCAUCGACCCCGAUGUGCAGUGUGGCUUAGGAGUCCUCUUCAACCUGAGUGGGGAGUAUGACAAGGCCGUGGACUGUUUCACAGCUGCCCUCAGUGUUCGUCCCAAUGACUACUUGCUGUGGAAUAAACUGGGAGCCACCCUGGCCAAUGGAAACCAGAGUGAAGAAGCAGUGGCUGCAUACCGCAGGGCCCUGGAGCUACAGCCUGGCUACAUCCGGUCUCGUUACAACCUGGGCAUAAGCUGCAUUAACCUUGGGGCUCACCGGGAGGCUGUGGAACACUUUCUGGAGGCCUUGAACAUGCAGAGGAAGAGCCGGGGCCCUAGGGGUGAGGGGGGCGCCAUGUCAGAAAACAUCUGGAGCACCCUGCGUUUGGCUCUGUCUAUGUUAGGCCAGAGUGACGCCUACGGGGCGGCUGAUGCCCGGGAUCUAUCUGCCCUCCUAACUAUGUUUGGCCUGCCCCAGUGACAGUGGGAUGGGCUGCCCUGUGAGUGUCUGCUUGGAGGGGUCUCUGCUCUGGAUGUGACUCCCUCUCCCACAGUGGGCCUACCAAGGGGGUGGGCUGAUGACCACAAGCGGUAUGGCCUCUCAGGAGCUGCUUUAGUGUAGGAGUGGACAGUCUUGUUCUCUAGGUCCUACAUAAUUGUAGGGAAAGGAGCUGUUGUCGGAGUCCCUUGGUAAUUCAAGGGCUUUAUGUCCAGCUACAGAUCUCUCUCUGUUCAUCACACCCUUUCUUGGUGCUGCUUUUUCGGUAGGACCCAAGGAUAUAGGGUAACUGUUGUUAUCAACUGCCAUUUCUGAUAGGGUCUACCACAUUGUAAUGUCUGUUCUUUUACUUGGAAUUGGUAAUAGUCCCGCUUGCUUCCUUAGGCAGUUGUGUGUAGGAGGCUCUUCUGCUCUGCAUCUCUAACGGUGGCUCUGUCUGGGAUGGGCUGUGUUGGAAGCCAGCCUGUUUGAUUAAAAUGUCUGUUUAGCGCUGCAGAGCUGAGUUUUGGUAGGGUGCUGAUGGUUUUGUCAUUCUUGGACCUCCCUGGCUGUGAGCUUGGAUUCCUUGUGAGUGCCAUGCUGAUGCAGUAAUGCUAGUACUCUAUGGAACAGGAACAGCUAGGGUCAGAAAGUCUUUGGGUGUGGAGAAGAAGGAAAGCUUAUGUGUGUGGGGGGCUUGGAGGGGACUAUGUAGGAACAGAUUAGGGGCUCUGUCCUGGGGUCUUUGGUGGAAGGAUAGAGGGGUGUGGUGAAUGCAGCAGUUCCUCUUCUUAGAAAGAUUUGUGAGUAGGAGUUGAGCUAACUCUUGUAGAAAGUUGAUUUGGAAAUUGCAGUCUUGCCAAAUUCCUAGUAAAGAGGGGGUUCAGUGUUACCAUAAGCCUUUGCUAUACUUCUUGAAAUGUUUCUAGGGGUGAGUGUUAUAAAAUCCCUUUCCCCCAUAUCACCUCUACAAGAUGAAGAUUGAGGGGAGCUGAGGGAGCAGCUUGGAUGCUUCUCAUCUGUUCCCCUGCUUGGAGAGACGCACUAACCUCCAGAAACGACUGCUAAGCCUCUUGCCUUGUUUUUAGUAGCUAAUGAUCAGAGAGAUUUUUUUUUUAAACUACCAUGGUCCCAAGGUUCCAUCCUGAAAUUUAUUUUUCUUUGUAUGGAUAUGUAUAAAUGAUUUAAAAAACUGUAAAAUAUUUGUAUGAAAAAUAAAUAAAACUAAUGUGAGUAUGA